AUGGCCUCAACAGUGAUAAAUGGUCACGAGGAAGCAGCCGAGCCUGAAGAGCAAUGGACCCGGGUUCAUCACAAGGGACGGCGCCGACCUAAAGCACCUCACUCCGUCGCCCCUUUGUGUAUCGCGGGAGGUAUCGCUGCCUCGGUGCGGUCGUCGUCCUUAUCCGUUCCUACUAUCAUGGAGGAGCACAAGCGUAUUAAGCAACAAUGGGAGAAUUCGAUAUGCUAUCAUAAGUUGCAAGAUAUCUUCGAAUCGCACAUAUCCCUUUCUAAUAUUUCCGACGCUAUCUGCUUUGGCACAGGAUCGUUCGAUCCCGAAGAUAGCUCUUGGGAGAUGAAGCGAAAGGCACAUAUACAACUGGCCGCUUUUCUUUUCGUCGUUGAGCAGCUUCAGCGUAAUAGUUCGCGUACGAUCCGAUGUAUCUUCCAGGAGCCCGUUUUCAAUACGUCGGAUAAGGCUUUUAUUCGCGCUUUGGGCCACGAAGUGGUUGAUUCGCCUCUAGCGUUCGAACUAGUCAGCCCAACAACGCUGGCGUUUGGUGUUCACUUAUAUAGGGACGUUUAUGCACAAAUCAUCGACAAGUGUCUCCCUGCCAUGUUCAUAGGGACACCGCAAGAGGUUUGGGAAGAAUGCUACGGCUCUGACCCUUUGGACUGGGUUGAGCUGGAUAAGCUGAAUAAAAGAUGCGAUAAGGUUAAGUUUCCUGAAGAUACGGGAUAUACUACCUUCUCGAGUACCACAAUUCACUGGAGGCGAUGUGAUGAGAUAUGA